AGAAGCUCUCUUCCGUCUCUCCCGCCGGCACCACAUUCCAUUGAUCGAUUCGAAGUCACUAUACAUCAGCCAUUGUCUUCGAUGGCGGGAAACGCCAUUGAUGGAAUCACAGAUUACAGUAAAACGGAACGCCUGAUUCUUCUCAUAGACCUCAACCCACUUCUUCAUCUUGAGGAUCCCACUCCUUACAUUAAUUCCCUUCUCACAUCAACGAAAAUCCUUCUCACCUUCCCUCCUCUCUCGUCUUCUCUCUUCUGCUUUAAGCUCUUCUUUUCCUCGCUUUCUCCCCUUCUUUCGUCCUCUAAACUCCACCAUUUUGUCCCCAAUCACUCACUUUCUCUCUCUUUCAGUGACUCCACCUUUACCCUCCAAUCUCUCUCGCAGACCCUCACUUCUCUGCCUCAUUUUCACAAUCCAUUGGAUCCCUCUCCUCCCAGGGCCUCACAUCUUGCCGCAUCGGUGCAACAGAUUGUACACGACUAUGCUUGGGACUCGGUAAUAUGUUCUCCUAUACCAGAUGCUGUUCUGAAUUACCCAGUUGUUCGGUCGAAUUUGGUUGUUUUGUUUUCGCCUAUUUGUAGAUCAUUCAAGUGUCUGUCUGAAUUUUUCGAUGUGGAGCUAGGUCACGAGUCGUUGAAAAAUGUGGGUCCAUUUUGUGAGAGAUUCUCUGGGUUCUUCAGGAGUGUGAGUGGUGCAUUUGGUUGUAGGGACAUUCAUUUCAGUUGGGUUGAUGUGAAGUGUGAAUCUGGAUGUUAUGAGCAUAAGAACGAGACCGAUGAAAUUAAACUGGUUUAUAGUUUCUUUGAGAGUGGAACUAGAGCUUUGGGUUGGGGGUUAUGUUCUGUGGAUUCGGUAAUACUUGGUUCCGCUCUGCUUCCUUUUGGUUUAAUUUAUCCGAAAAUUGGAGUGUCAUCGUAUUCUCUCGAUAUAAAUGAUUACUCUAGUAAACUUCAUGUCCAACUGAGUCUUCAGAUCUUAGAUGUAAGUAGGAAUCCCAUAGAAUAUAACUGUUGUGAUCUUGAGUUGAUCAAAUUCAGGUUCUUUGGUAAAUAUGAUGAUGUUCGGUUUGAUCCAGAAUUGAUUAAUCCGCCAAAAGGAGGCCGUGAACACAAGGAAAAAUUUUGGAAGCAGUUUGGUAAUGGAAUCACAAAAUUUCAUAUUAAGGCUGUACAGAGGAAUGAUGCUUUUUUGAAACUAGGGGAUCGCAUAUCUGAUUCUUUUCUUGUACGAGAAGUGUUUGGUGAAUCUAAGAAACAGAGGAAGGGAAUUUCAAAUGAAUUCUUCGCAGAUAGGGUUCUUGAUAUUCUUGCAGUUGAAUUUGGUUUCAUGUGGCAGAGAAAUUCUGAACCCAUCUGGCAAAUGCUCUGUAGUUUUCUUUAUAACGAAGGUUGCUGGGCAUUGGUGUACCUUUCCAAUAGCGACGGUGGUUCAUUUACGGGCAUUCUAAGGCCUUUUACAAUAUCUUCUGCUCUCUUAUCUCUAAUAGACGAUCCAGAUAUGGUUCUUCAUUUUGGAGGAGAAAAUAUGGCUCAACAUAUCAGGACAUUGAGUGCUGACGUUUGCAAGCCUGAUAUCAACUUUAAAAAACGCAAUAAACUAUUGGAUUCUCAAGAUAAGAAGAGUGGUGCGGUGAUUGAGGGUCAUCAGAAAAAGAACAUAAUGGAUAGGAAGAGCCUUCAAAAACUCACGUGGAGCACCUUCUGGAAAGCGGCAUAUGAUCAGGUUGACAUAGACUUGCAUGGGGUUUACCAUGCCAGGGAAUGUAAAAAGUCAAAAAAGUUGAAAUUUUUAAAGUGCUGGAUGAAGCAGAUGAAGAAACCUGACUGUCAUGAUAUAAUUGUGUCUGAUACAUCCAAGCCAAAUCAGUUAAUUCCAGAAAACAUCGACACUAGAUUGACUGGAUCACCCCAAGAUGGUCAGCUGCCAAUCUCCUCAUCUGCCUCAGCAGGAGAGAACACUCUGACUGAGGCUUCAGGAGUACAGGCCGGUGCUGUGCUUGACACUGGGUCAGAAACAUCUGAAGGGUUUUUCAGUACUCUUUCCGACAAGAUCCAUCAGGGAAUUGCAUCUGAGGACGUAGACUUGCAGGCUUUGGCUGAGCGACUUGUGAACUCAUCCAUCUACUGGCUAUCAAAGAAGUUUGACAGAGAAACCAUUUCUGAAAGUCAAAAUUCUUCGAAAUGUAAUGAUGCAUAUGAUAGCAUGAUUGCGGCUGAACUUAGCAAAAUAUUAUUAAUGGAGCCAAAAGAGUUAGUCACAAAGCAUAAAAGCAAAAAUCCAUUCUCUCAGGCAUCUGAGACUGGAACUUCUUCUCCCAUCGCAGGACAAAUAGUUAGAGAAUAUGAACUGCAGAUU